UGGGAGACAUUGGUCGCAGUCCGCGGAUGUGCAAUCAUGUGGAUAGUCUGGCAAACGAGGGCUGGAGAGUCGCCGUUGUCGGUUAUGCUGGCGUCGCUGUCCCUUCAAACCUGAGGAGAUCAUCCAUCAAGCAUCACCAUCUGGCAACUCCACCUGCUUACAUCGCGAGGCUACCGAGGCUACUGUUUGCGUUUGUUGCGCCUUUCAAGGUGCUAUGGCAGAGCGCUGUCCUUUUCCUCGAGCUUACAACCCAAGUGCAGCCACCUCCUGAGCUCUUGCUUGUCCAGACACCACCGGCAUUGCCAACGCUAUUCGUCGUCAGAGUCGCCUCGCUGCUACUGCAGUCAAGGGUGAUCAUCGAUUGGCACAAUCUCGGCUACACCAUUCUCGCCUUGCGCAUGGGCGCCAAGUCUCCCCUCGUCGCCCUUGCGCGUCACCUGGAGAGGCUUACGGGGAGGAAUGCGUACGCACACCUCUUUGUCACCCACGCCAUGCGCACACGGCUCGCGCAAGAGUGGGCAUUGAGGGGAAAGAAGCUGACCUUAUAUGACCGACCGCCGGCUCAUUUUCGAAAGAGGAACCCGGAAGAGACGCAUCGGCUUUGGACCACGCUCGCGCCUACGAUCAGCCCGUCCUGCAACGACUUCUGGCCUGCUCAUAGCUUGCCACGGACAACGCCUUUCACUUCCGAGAGCGGACCCUCAGCUGUGGAGAUCGCGAGGCAGGAGACAGCUGCCGCCGCGCUUGUGACUCAGCGCUCGCCUGAGGCGGCUUCUUCCCCAGAGUCGCUGCUCAGGGACGACAGGCCCGCUCUCGUCGUGAGCUCCACCUCCUGGACAGCCGAUGAGGACUUUUCCAUCUUGCUCAAGGCCGCUGGCAUCUAUGAGCGUCGGGCGCGACAACUGGUUGCGGUAGCAGAAGCUAACCAGACAUCUGCGUCCUCACCCACUUUGGAAGAGCCCAUCGCCAGCGGCGACGCUUUUGAUAGAGCUCGAAGGAGGCUCUCUUCUUCGAGCCAUCGUGCGACCGGCUCGGGCUCGGGCUCUGUCGAGUAUGCCAGCUCCGCCUCUGGCUCUAUGCGAGAGAAGAGCAGGAAGCGAGCUUCCGUCUCCGCUGAAGAAGCCUUUGGACCUACUCGUCUGCCUAAUGAGCCAGCUGAGAUGCUGCCCAAAGUAUUGAUCCUUGUCACGGGGAAGGGAGAGCUUCGCGCACACUACGAGCAAGAGAUUGCCAGGCUCGAAUCCGCUGAAGAAUGGAAGUGGGUGCGCAUCAGGACGGUGUGGUUGGAGGCUGCAGACUAUCCGGUCCUUCUGGGUGAGUCUGGCGGGCAAAGAGUGGGCGACGCAACCACAAACCGCGCUCAGAAGCGGCUAAUAGGCGCUCCCUUCGAACAGGUUCUGCGGACGUUGGGGUGUCUCUGCAUGCAUCUUCGUCUGGUCUAGAUCUCCCAAUGAAGGUUGUCGACAUGCUGGGCUGCGACUUGCCGGUCUGCGCGCUUGACUUUCCGUGCCUG